AUGUCAGAUCUGUUACGUGAGUUCGAUCCCUUAAGCCAGGGUUCAUCUAACCCUCAGAUAUCGAAGCCUAGUGCUACUAGUGAUGAUAAUGAAAGUAUAACGUCAGAACCAAAACAAACGAAUAAUAAAAAAUCUGAUGAAGAGCACCAAGAAGAGUUAUUUUUUGAUUUUCAAAUGUUCAUUAACGAUUUUAAAAAUCCCACUGCAGAACCGUUAGUGAAAUACACAAGGUCGUUCUUAAAUAAUUUUGUUUCUCAGAGAGCCCUGUGGACUGCUAGUGAACAAAGAAAAUUGAUUAACGACUUUAAAUUAUUCAUCUAUGAUAAAUUUUCUCAAUUUAAACCAUUUAGUGAGCUUGAUAAUGCCAAAUUAAGAAAUGCACAAGAAGGCAUUGAGAAAUUGAUUAUGGGUAAAUUGUAUCCAUUAUGUUUUUCUCCUGAAUUGAUUCAAAAAAUUGAUAUUGAUAAGUUAGACGAAGAACAUAGGAAUGAUAUCCUAGAGGAUGGUUUCCUUCAAGAAAAGAUUGAUGAGUACAAUUUCAUUGAGCUUGAUAAUCUCGAUGUGACCAAUAAGAUAUCAUUAAAAUUAAGUAAGUUUUUAAAGCUUGCUGGUAAAGAAUUGAACAAGAUCAAUCAGUAUAAAGCACCUAGAGAUAAGAUUGUCUGUAUCUUAAAUGCAUGUAAAAUUAUAUUUAGUAUUUUAAGACAUUUUAAACUUGAUCAAGAUGGUGCUGACAGUUUUAUUCCAUUAUUAAUUUAUGUUAUUAUUCAUGGAAAUGUCUCACAUGUAAUAUCGAAUAUUAAAUUUAUAGAAAGAUUUAGAUUUGAAAAUUUUUUGAAAAGUGAAGAUCAAUAUUAUUUGAGUAGUCUCCAAGGUGCAACUAAUUUUAUUACCAAUCUUAAUAGGAAGGAUCUAACCAUUCAUGAUGAAGAGGCAUUUGAAAAUGCAUAUAACUCAAAUCAAGAGAGAUUGCAGAAACAACAUGAAGAAUUUGAAGCUGAUUCCAAAUUAAAGGGCAGCGUUACUACUGCUAAUAAGAACAAUAUUAAUGCAAAUGGCACACAAGAAGUGAUAAUAAAGCCUGAUUAUAAUAAUAAUCCAAUAGAUGAAAUUGCCUCCUCUAUGGUUUCUAUGUUCAAUGAUUUUUUUAUUGGACAACCCUCUCUAACAACAAAACCUGAGCCACAAGCGAAAGAAAAUAUUGCAAAGAAUUCUAGAAAUGCUAGAACACAAAGUAAUAGUAUUAAUGAAAAUAUUACUGAUGAUAAACAAAUGAGGAAAGUUGUUAAAAGAAUGGAACAACAAGAACGCCAGGAAACAUUGGAAUCACUCUAUGAGAUGUUCCCAGACUUACCAAAGGAGUUGGUUGAAGAUAUAUGCAUAGCCAAGAAAUUUAGAACAGGUGUAUGUGUUGAUACUUUACUAAACUUGUAUGAGUAA